AUGGAAAAGCUAGGACUUGAGUUGGCAAGGUGAGGUCUUAGAUUUCACCGUCUCGUUACUUAGCCGCAGCCUUCAGGAAGUGCCGUUCAUAAUUUUCGGUGACUUCAAUUUUCGAUUAAAUCAACCAAAACUUUUGGAGGUUUGUUUUUCUUUCGCAUUUGAUUUUUCUCGCCUUUGUUAGUGCAUUCUUCUUCCUCCUUCCACCCCGACGAAAGUCUGUCUGGAAUGUUUUUAAAAGGACAAUCUGUUCACUUGAUCUAACUCCUUUCCUCACCGAUUUCGCCCCCACUUGAAUGACAUUGAGCCCCUCGCACCUGCUCAGCUAGACAAACUUGCCCUCACUGCUUCAUUAUGUUCGCCCAGCAUGCUCUCUUCGUGUGAACUCCCAAUUGCUCUGCACUGUGUUCUUCUAUUCACUGUUGUCUACGAUGGUUCCCAACAGGCGUUGUUCCAACGGUACCUAGCCACGAAAGCGGAUGCACUUAUUGAGUGUGUUUCGUCGGAAACGGAGAUUGUCUAUCGAGAUUCUUCAACUCAGUCACAUCUUCUAACGGUUCAUAGGAAGCAUCUUGAUUUCGACCCUUUGAAGCCUUUACUACUUCCAAUGUUACAUCAGGCAAGCCUUUGGUCACCGUUUGUUAUCGUUGUUGCAGUUUUCGUUUUUGAUGAAAUAUGCAUCGGUUGACUUUUAAUGGUUACUGAAGUCACCUUGAUCUCUAAGAGGCAUCAAAAAGAACCUUAAGGAUCCCUAAAGGGUGAUCUUUCGCACGAUGCAAGUGUUUUUAAACCAGGUAGGCUCCCCGAUGUGAAAAUGUAUAAAUUCACUCCUCCUGAUGACGCCAACUACAGAGAGUCAAGCUUAUCGUCUAGUUUCCUACCUCUUAUCAACACCACCACCAACCUCCCCACCAGUAUUCAUUUAGCUGAUCCUGGUGAUUUUUAUUAAUGACUAAUAGUCAACUGAAAUACGUUUCCCUGCUGAGGUUUAAGUGAAGCGUUUAUGUUGAUGAAAUAAGUUCCCCAAAAGUACUAGCAAACCUGUUCCUGAUGAUCAUACUGUAAAGCAACCACUUGUUCUGUAUUACACUAACUGUCAGCCGUUUCCAAUGCGGCGAACCCAAAGACCUUCUCCUAAGACAAUCACAAUUUGUAUUUAGGCUCAGUGCUUUGACGAGGAACCUGGGCCGUUUGAAGGAAGCCUAUUUGAAUACCCCAUUCAAUUCCGGCCAAGGUUAGUUGGCACAAGAUGGCCCACCAGUCGCUUGUUGCAACCAAUUUUUCCAAAAUUUUGUUUUGGUUUUGAAAAUUAGUUUUCCUUAGAUUUAUUAUGAAAAAUUUCAUUUUUGAGCAGCGCCUAAAAUCGUUGAUUUUUCGAAAUUAAUCUUUAAGAAAUAUUCAACUUGUAAAUAAUAAAACGACUUAUGGGCGACUUUAUAUGAGCACUUGCGUCCGAAUUACCACUACAAUAACCACAUCCACGCUAACUUGUUAUUAUGCCGUAAACAUUUCUGUUUUCAACGAUGAUCACACAAGAAUGACAUUAGACAACGAUGUCAUUUCCGCAAUUUUUUAAAAAUUAAUAGACCGUUCCUCUUGCCAGAGCCAACCAUUACGCUCAUAAAUUUCGGAUUGGACUGUUUACAGACAAGGAAGGUUAAUAUGCAAGCGAAGUCUCGGUGCUCGGGUUAGGAUGCCGCUGCAACUAAAGCCAUGGGCAGGUCUUAACAGCUACGGCCUUCACGCCGGGGUCCUAGUAGGAAGAGAAGUUUGGCGCCGGUAUUUUGCACAGAAUGGAUGAAGAAUAAGUUUAAUCAAGUUUGGUAGUCGGAUAAGAGGCACACGUCUGGCCCUGCCGGAGCAAGUCUCUGAGUUUACUGAGUAGGGACAUGUCGGUGUCAGCCUCGACGUUGAUUGGCCGUCUUGGGUGGCUGUAAUUGGCCGAUCACCCCUACGGUCUCUCGGUUUCAGGGAUCGGCGGGACGCAAUGGGGACAUCAUGCAGGGCCCCGGAAUGUCCGACAAACGACUACCGAUGGUGCGUACGUGCAAGUAUAUGCGCCAGAGAGAGACAUGACGCAAAGGGGGAGGAGGCGGAACAACUACGGCACCCUGUACUGGAGGGGGAGGGUGGAUGGUGGAUCAGUUGGACUGCGGGCGGCUGUAUGCGCAGCCGUUGAUGCGUGAUUAGGGCCGGGGCCAGUCAGUCGUGAACGUAGACCCUCGUAAUGGACAUCCAAGUCAACAUGGCGGUAUGUAUAUGAGAUUUGGAUGGUUAGGUUGUAAUCAUCACCUUGGCUGUCGCAACUACUUAUUAUGCUGUGCCAGUGCCCUGACAGAUAAAGGGGGGUUGUUUGUAUUACUAGCUUUAAAACCGACCCUGCUGCCGCCUACAACGUUCUAUGACGGACGUGAAGGUCUUAGAGCCAUUUUUCUGAAUUAAGUUAGCGGAAUACAGUGCGUCACCGAUCUCAUGAGACGUUGACCAAAAUUCUGGAAUGCCUUUCCGAUUAGGAAGGAUUACUUAAGUGGGGUUGUUAUACUGAUUAUUAUGCAGCAUAAUCGUAUAACAUUUCGGACUUGCCAGGAUGUCGGCUUUUGAAUGCACUUCUUUUUGACCUCCUACAGAAACGACGUUCGGUAAAAAAAUGACUACUUAAGUAUCAUGCAUUCUUCCAAUUGAUUUUCGAUGGUCUUAUAAAUUAAAAUAUAUUUUACAGAAAACAUGCACAAAAAUAUGCUUUCCUUUGCUCAUUUAGUAGGAAAUCACAUUGUCUGCAUAUUUUAUGCCCGAAGAAAGUGUAUAUUUAGGUUUUAAAGUAGUUUUAAUUAUGAGAUUUUUUAAGACCGUGCGAUGCCCAUGCAUGCAAGACCGCACAUGUCCGUUUACUAAUACUCCUCAUAAAAUGUACAACACAGUCCGGAUCCACUACAAAAUUUCAUGAAAUCUAUGCGGUAUCUUCUUAAAGGCAUAGAGGAAUAUACGAUUUUCCUUACGCGGAAAGCAUUCAUCUUGUAGACUGAAAUUACUAAACGCUGAUGCAAUGGCAGAUCGGGCUAAAAAUUAUUCGGGAAUCGGGAAAUUUUUCAAAACCGAAAUACACACUUUCUUCGGGCAUGAAAUAUGAAGACAAUGGGAUUUACUAUCAAAUGAGCAAAGGAAAGCAUGUUUUUAUGCGUGUUUUCUGUAAACUAUAUUUGAAUUUAUAAGACCAUCGGAAAUCAAUAGGAAAAAUGCAUGCUACUUACGUAGUCAUUUUUUUACCGAACGUCGUUUCUGUAGGAGGUCAAAAAGAAGUGCAUUCAAAAGCCGACAUCCUGACGAGUCCGAAAUGUUAUAGGGUUAUGCUGCAUGAUACUCAGUAUAACAACCCCACUUAAGUAGUCCUUCCUAAUCGGAAACGCAUUCCAGAAUUUUGGCCAUUUCAUGAGAUCGGUCACGCACUGUAUGUCAUAGGCCUGCAUAUUUCUGCCUCAUCGGGAUAGUUAGAAACUCAUGGGGGUUUUAAUAAGACAGAGCAAACGACUGGGGGCAUUGAACAAAGCUUGUGCUCUUUGUUAACCAAUUUUCUGAAGGCUGAGCCGUUACUUUAGCCGCGACGAGUCUUUGUCGCCGCCGCUGUCCAUCCCCGACUGAUAAAAUCGUCCAAGUUUCUAGGAUUACCCUCAGGAAGUAGGAGGGUCAGUUUAAAUCCUUCGAUUGGUUUUCAUCUUCAUUUUUCCAGAAGCACACAUCAGAAUUUGCUAAGGCAACCUUCCAAUGUUUCAAUAUCUUUCGACUGAAAGCGUGUUCUUCAUUAAUUUCUCACAGCUAUCCAUUCUCUGAGGACCCCUCAAAGCCGUCGGAGUACGCCUCUUCACGCUUCCCUGCCUGGUGUGAUCGUGUUUUUAUUUCUCGGUCGGCCCUAAGUCUGUUGGACAUCCGGGAUGCCAUUUAUGGACUCCUUUGUGAAGACGUAUCCGUUGGGGACCACAAAGUACGUCUAUUUCAGUAAAGGAUCACAUACUUCCCCAUUUUUUGGCGAGAAUUAAGAUCCACACUCUGGUGAAAUGGUCACCUGGACUGCACCUUUACUUGCGAGGGCUCGUAGUUGCAAUCGUCAUUUGCAGUCCAUAGAAUCCGGGGUUCCCUGAAGUCUCCACUGUUCGGUGCCCACUGCAUUUGCUGUUCGUAGUCCGACGCGAAGUUAUUUUUUGCGAGCGCGUCAUUCUGCCAAGCUUGUUAGUUCAGUGCUAACAGUUAUCAACCAGUUUUUCAGAGGUUCCACAUCAACGGAAGGACUAGUCAACUUCGUGUGACGAGAGAGAGAGAGAGAGAGAGAAAGCGGGACAGAGUGUCCAGCAAAAAAAUUCUCCAAUCAAAAUAGACGGGGCGUAACUGACUAGGCCCCACGAGAAGGAAUAGGGCAUGUUAAUAUAAGCCGGUGUGACAACUGUUACGGUGACAAGUGUAGUCCAACUUUCUCGAUAUCAGUGUCAUCACACAUCAAAAAUCGUGUCAAUGAUUGUUUAUCUCGUCGGUGGUACAUGGCAUAUGACAGAAGCCAUGCCGGGUUGGGCGGAGGGACUUCACGAAUAUUAGAUCAGAGUGAAGUGGGGAGGUAGUAUCAUCGAGAUCCAGUUAUCAAAUUGUUUGACCACUGUAAACCGUUAACCUACUAUGGUGUCGGCCCUGUUACCGAAUUUGCCGCCAGAACCCGAUAAGGUUAAAUGAGGCUGAUCCUCUCAUAAUUCAUCUUGCCUUGCGAGUUGGUCUCUUGUGCAUUUAUAACUAACGCUCCCGUUGUAGGAGAAUUCGUGUACUUGGAUUUUUACUGGAUAUGCAUUGAAGGUCAUUCCUCUUCCCCCCCUGAAUUCUUGACCCGAAGUGGGGGGGGGGGGGUUGAAUGUCGUUAUAAUUUGUAAAAAAAUGCAGUCUUCACACCUCGUACUAUAUAAGGUCGUUAGUGUUCUUCUACUCCCCAAGCCCUAAACAACACUCUCAUUGACUUCUUGUAGCCUGUCUUCCUUCACUUGACCUUGGCCGACGACACCUUUACAGUGAACCAAGGUUGGUGGUUGCACUGUCUUUAUGCAGAUAUUUUGACUUGUUUAACCCGGAGUUUGUUACACUCCCCUGAUGUUCUUCGUCAUACGUUGAAGACAGAGAUGAACAGUCAUGUUAAAACCUCAUAAAGCUGAUGAUCGUUUUAUUCGUUUCGUUGUUUUGGAAAGUACCAAACUACUUCCCAAAACCGCCAGUUUUAGCCCUUUGGUGGAAACUCGAAAGUAAGCCGUCUUUCAGGAUUAUUAGCGAAGAGUACCUAUCUGACGCAUCGGCCUUAUGAGAAGGUGAAUUAAUCCAGCUGAUAGCUCGAAAAAAGCGCCGACCCGGAGGGGGUACAUUGGCCGUAGAACAAGGCGCUUGGAAAAGAGGGAAUGCAAGCACACAUACCUAUCAGGCUAGGUAGAGGUUCAAAUGGAUCGAUUUCAAGUUCUAUCCUCGCGCGUCUAGUCGGCACGAGUCACCGAGUCGAUGUCAAAAAACUCUUUCAUGUUAUCUACCGGCUACCGGCAAAAUACUCUAAAGGCCUACGCCAAAGAGUGCUGGCAGCAGCCAAGGCCGUGACUGUGCGGUUAACUAAUCUAGCACUUUUUUGUUAGGAGACGUUGGUGCGGGCGGUCUGUUUUCCGUGGCCGACUCCAGGUGGUGAUCACACGCCGCCCCAACAACCUAACGACAGUCAUGUUCCCUCCGAGUGUUUGACAAGCAGACACUGCUCACACCCUACCCCCAACUCCCCACUUCUCCAGCCUCAACGACUUUGUCAUGCGGGCGGUGUGGGAACGAGGAGUGUGACUGACUGACUGUUGUUCUUAGCUUCUUUCGUUUACCGCCAGCUAGCGACUACAGUCUAAGGAGACCGACUAACGUACUCCAGAUGCUUAAUUACAGCAGCAACCGACAAUUCGAAUGGCGAAGUCCGCCGCUUGUCCCCAGGGGAUGCGCUCAAUGGCAGUGACUUGCGGACGUGCUAUUUUCUAGUGAGGCGGGCUUGCGCAACGCCUUCCACACUCUCUCCCCCCACAUACCUGACUCCAGUUGCAGAGCAAUGUCGUGACGACCGGAGGUGGGCGCAGUGGCUGACGAAGCCAAACAGUCUGUCUACGCGUGACACAUGCGAUCUGAUCCCUACAGCAGCAUGUGCGAGGCUUUAUGAGGAGGGUUCGAAUCUCACAUCCUCGAGACUGCCACUGAGACCACCUUGAUAAGAAGGCAUUGCAACCCGAAGCAGUCCCGAGAAGAACCGAUUUGUCCUGUUAGUUGGAAACUUCCCAAGGCACAAUUUUAGGCGUAUCGUGAUACAUUCAAAGGUGUGAGAUUUGUUGUGGUGAGGAGUGCGCCGAUGGGCCGUAGGAACGGGGUCCCCGUUCUCCCUUCUCAGAGCCUGCCAACCAGCUAGUGAUGGAAUCAGAGGCAAUGGCUAAGGCGACGUGA